AUGUUCACCUUCGCAAUUCGACCAGCUCUUCGUACUCUUUUACCGGCCAAACAAGCAUUGAAGUUUCCUUGCCCUCGAUCGAUCUCAAUCACUGCAACUCGGUUCGCAAUUACAAAGGGAUAUACGAAGGAGCACGAAUGGGUAUCUUUCGAUGACAGUACUCAAGUUGCUACUAUCGGUAUUACAGAUUACGCACAGAAAAGUCUCGGGGAUGUGGUUUUCGUAGAGACUCCCGAGUUAGAAAUUCAAGUGGCACAAGGAGACCAAAUGGGCGCGGUGGAAAGUGUCAAGGCUGCAUCUGAUAUCUAUGCACCAGUAUCCGGUGUUGUUACGGAGGUUAACACCAAGCUGCUUGAUCAAGCUAGCUUGAUUAACACAAGCCCAGAGGCAGAAGGUUGGAUUGCCAAGAUUCAUUUAAUUUCUCCUCAAGAAGUUGAUGGCUUACUCUCCGAAAAAGCAUACGAGGCCCAUUGCGAAGGAUCAGACCACUAA